AGACCUUUGAUCGUGCAGGAGGGAAAGACAUCCAUCUAUCCCUCCUUCCCUCUACCAGCGGAACCAACGGAUCAGGGGUUCUGUACCCUUGUACUUCAACCCCAUUCACGUGCCCUCCCUGCACAGCGCUUUUCAGAAUUCGGCGGGCACGCCGUCUGCUCCGGCAGCGCGAUUGCGCUUCAGCCAACGGGCGAUUCGACACGUCUCCGCCUGAGUGAUGGGGUCGUUCGAAUUGUCGUGCUCCGGCCCCAGAGGGUCCAAGUCAUCCACAAUCGUUGUCGGACGCACCGCCCGCUGUACUUUGGCAACAUAUUCCGCCGACGUCUCUACUCUCUGGUCGCUGUCUACGAGGCGGCCAUUGGAAUCCUUCAUUAUCCCAUGGGCUGCGGCUGGGUCUUUCUUCAAUGUUCUCACCUAGACGCAGUCGCCGUCGGCUAAUCGACGGUCGAGCCAAGCUGCUCGAUCUGCUCUGACCGAUGCCUUGAUUUGGCCGGUCAAUCUUUUCUCUCGCGCGAAAUCCUUGUGCGUCCUCGCUUCACCUCGUAGCGAGAUGAGGUGCAGCGUCCUGUCGCCGAUCCAGGGGCGCCGCCGCGCGGCCGGGAGCGCGGGCAAGCAGCUUGCAGCGGCAUGUCGGAAAGCCUCUGUGAUGUUGUCGUUGAGCCCGUUCAGAGAGUCCUGCGGCGCGUUGCCUUUAGCCAUGUGCUCCGCGAAGCUGUCGCCGAAGUUCUGAGCCACAGUGACGUCGACCAGGGCAACGUGGUCCAGCCGCGGCCCCCCGGUCUCGCGCUAGUUUCCAAGGAUAUCUUGUGCUUGCAAUGGAGUAAGACAUCGUGCGAAGAUAGGGCUGCUUCGCUGCGGCUCGCCACGUCCACCACGCUCUGCAGCAGAUGCCGCGGGCAGAACAGAAAGUCGAUCUGCCCGAAGUUUCGCGGCAGCAGCGGGUAGGAAGGGCGAGAACCGACGUUGUAGCAAGUUAUUUGAAGAUUUGGAUCGUGCUCGAAGAACGUGUUUGCGAUGGCAAGCCCAUGGCAGAUGCAGAGUUCGAGUAAAAACACUGGUUAGAAUCUGCACUGAAAUGCGCCGCUGGUUCGCCA